AUGUUUCGUACGCCCGCUAAACUCUUAUUGCUCUUUGGUUUGCUGUGUGCCGUGUCUCCAACGCGUGGUGAAGAAAGUCGUUUAACGUGUGGCCGACGUAGAGUGAAAUCCGUUUACCUCAUCCAUAAUGGCAUUGAUGCUAAGGCAGGUCACUGGCCAUGGCAUGCGGCCAUUUACCAUGAAAAGGUCGGAAAGCAAGACUAUGCCUGUGGAGGUUCCGUACUGGAUGAGAAUACAGUUCUCACAGCGGCUCACUGCGUACAUACACAACGAGGACUACUGGCAGCACAUCGCGUGCUGGUGCACGUGGGACGCAUACAGCUCAAUGAAGAGAGCGAACACAUACAGACACACAGUGUGCGGGAGAUAAUACUGCAUCCCGGGUUCAGCAGAAACAGCAUCAUGAACGACAUUGCUAUUCUAAAGCUGUCAGCUAACAUCACCAUGACGAAGUACGUACAGCCGGUCUGCCUCUGGACGAUGGACAGCAAUCAGGAGAUGAUCGUGGGCAGAAACGGUACCAUCGUUGGGUUUGGCUUGAACGAGCAGGAUGUCGUAUCGAAUCAGCUAAAGCAAGCGCUCAUCGGGGUAGUGGAUGCGUUAACCUGCAUCGCGAGUGAUCGUGCCGUGUUCGGCACUCAUCUGACCUCGGAUAUGUACUGCGGCAAAGGACAGCCGGGUGUGAGUGCCUGCAAUGGCGAUAGUGGUGGCGGUAUGUUUUUCGAAGUCGGAGGCAAAUGGUUCGUGCGUGGUCUGGUGUCAUUUACACCGCUGCGCGCGAAUACGACGAUUUGCGAUCCGUUCAAGUACACCGCCUACACCGAUGUGGCGAAGCAUCUCGAGUGGAUUGUACAGCAUGUGGACCAACGGGUACUAUCGUUCGAGUCGGAUGUGCUGGAGAUAGACUAUGACGAAAAGUUGCGACUGCUCAACUUCGACACCUGCGGCCUGAAGUCGUCUACGUAUGUUAGCGACGAUGUCAACUGGACGUUACCAUGGCUUGGGUUUGUUCGAGCAACGAAUGAACGCAAGUCGCGGUGUGUGAUCACGCUUAUCAGCGAAUGGUACGCUGUAGGUCCUGCGUUUUGCUUCGAAAACGAUGGUGUUGAGGCCUAUGUGUCAGUUGGGAACGGAUUGCAGCGUACAGCGAAAGGAUGCGUCGAUCGCAACGGCACGACACUAUGCGCUCUGGCAACGCAAACGUUGCGCAUUCAUCGGGUGAUCAAGCAUCCAAUGUUUGGAGCGAACAGUUCGGUAGAUAAUAUCGCAUUGAUUGAGUUCCUAUACCCGGCGGACUUCACGCAACCGAACGUGCAGCCUAUCUGCAUACCUGUGAUGUCAGAGCUCCGGGCAAACUCCAGGACGAAUUUACAUGUUGCAAUCCUCUCAUUGUCAAACUUUGCCUACAAAAACAUACCCGUUACCUAUCUCGAUUCCAUCGAAUGUAUGAGACAGUACGCUAGCCACAACAUUACGCUAAACCUGCAGGACAAACGACUCUGUGCCGAAGUAACAAACAAGCAGGACGAACAAGAUUGUGACGCACUGAUUGCAGGAUCGCCACUGCAGGAAAGCAUAGUAUUGCGCGGUAAGGAACGAUACUUUUUGCGCGGGUUCGAACUGGUUGGCACCGCCUGCCAUUCGAAGGCACCGCCCGUUUACAACAGCGUAGAGACGUACCUGGACUGGAUACUGUACAACAUGCGAUAUAACGAGGCGGACCCCGAGGGCAUUGAAGUUCGGUCCGUCAACGCUUCUUUAGAUGCGCAGUGGUUAAGCCUACAGCAAGAACCGGGCAAUGAGAAGCUACGCCUGUUUAACAUGACUUCCUGCGGUAUAUCGAAGGUUCGGAAUGAGCGGAUAGGCGACAUCAGCAUCCAUCCCUGGGUGGUGAUGAUUCUGGGCUUGGAUGGCAUACUGGGUCUAGACGUGAAAGCUCACGGUGUGGGAGUUCUGAUAAGCGAAUACUACAUCCUGACAAGUGCACAUGCUGUGCAACAUAAAGCAGCUUGGCGUUCAGUCAUUUUUGGAAUGUACAAUCUAUUACUGCAGGCAGAAUGUGUCGGCGUUGAUUGUCCGCAAUAUAAGUAUCAGGAGGCUGCCAUUAAAGCCAUUACCAUCCAUCCGAAUUAUGGUAAAAACCCUCGCAACUAUAAUAUUGCACUGAUAGAGCUUGAGCUACCGGCCAACUUUACGAUGCCCAACCUAGGUGCUAUAUGUAUGCCAUUUAUACGCGAUCUACUCAAGAGCAAGCCGUUGGAUUUGGUAGUGACGGCGGGUGACUACUUUUACCUCCGACACAAAUCAUUAACCGAGCUGAACUCAACGGUCUGUCAGCGGCAGUUGGCUCAAGAGGGGUUUCUAACCUCUGCCAAGACCGUACCACGGUGUGCCGUGGAUGCUGUUCAACGUGGACAGGCACAGUUACUAUUAAAUGCAGGUGCUCCACUCCAAGCAUUGCUGCAAUUCGAUGAACAGCAGAAAUAUUUCCUGCGAGGUAUCAACCUGCGCAACGACCUGCCCAAUGAGUUGCCGUACUUACCGGAGCUAUUCACCAAUGUCGAUCGGUUUCUCGAAUGGAUAGUGGAUAACAUGAGGUUUAAAGAGUUGAAUCUAACGUUUCCUUACGUGCCCGAGCGAACCACGGUGCCGAGACGAGUGAACGUGUCGCCGGUACAAAACUCGUCCAAGCGCAACUUGGUUAACUUCAGCAACUGUGGAAUCAUUCCAGCUGGUAAUGAAACGACGCGCAGUAGCUUCAUUCCGUGGAUGGGAUAUCUGUCUUCGAGUGACGUUUUUCUUACCGAUAGUAAAGACUUCAGAUGUGUCGUUACCCUAAUCAACGAAUGGUAUGCUGUCGGUGUACCGGUUUGUUUUAGCGGUAAUAGCCAGAAUUAUUCUGUACUGUUUGGAGUUAACAGUGUCGAUGCACCGAUGGAAUGUAUCGAGACGGAGGGCAAAGCAUCAUGCAUUUAUCCCACACAACAAAUUCCAGUGGAAAAGAUCAUCAUCCAUCCACACUACAAUAGUUCCGACUAUCGUAACGACAUCGCGUUGCUAAAGCUUGCAAGGCCUGUCGAUACAUCGCAACCCCAUGUGCAACCCAUCUGUCUACCCUUGCCGGAUGAAGUCCGCAGCUACGAUACAUCCAGUUUGGUAGCGGUGUCGGAAAAUCUGGUGGGUUCCAUCUAUCUAAUAAUCCGUGUAGCUGAUCGGUACAUAGAUUCCACCGAAUGUCAAAAACGCUGGGAUAGUAUGGCCGUCCAGUUCGCUAUAGAAAACCACAAAAUAUGUAUUCGGUUGGAGAUAGCGCCUAAUAAGGAAUGUUACGAUUUUAUCAUGGGCGCAUCGCUCCAUACGGUUCAACGGAUUAACUCAGAAGAUAGACAUUUUCUGCGUGGUAUUCAUGAUAUCAAACCUAGAAUAUGUACCUUACACAGCCCGGUAGUGUACAUCGAUACGGAUGUUCACCUGGAGUGGAUAUUGGACAAUAUGGAAGAUAGAAGCUAUCCGCUCGGAUUGCCGUACGAUUUGAGCAAGACACUGAUUUUUACCUCGAAAUGAUGUACGAUUAGUUUUACUUGAGAUCAAGGAUGCGCUUUGCAGUGUAACUUUUCGUUAAAGUUACACAAUUUACUUCAAAUAAAUAUAGACCAAAUGAAGCUGUACAUGCAACGGCUAAACA